CAAGUUGAAUAAAAGGCCAUAUCCCUCCUUUUCCUCUUCAUAUCCAUUAAUACCUUAUUUAGCCUAGCUAGUUACUAGUUAUAGAAGGUGUUAAUUAAUUUACACUACCAAAAAUAUAAUGGAGAAUAUGCUUUGGCUUCCAACAAAUUAUGGCAAAAAGGCAAUGGAAGAUGAACUUAUAAGAGGACGUGACAUGGCAAAUCAAUUACUUGAAGUAUUAACUUUUGAUGAUAAGUCAAAUAUUAGAGAAGUUAAAGGGUCAAACACAAAAUCAUCAAAAGUGUUACCCUUAAAUAUUGUUGCUGAAGAUCUUGUGCGUGAGGUGCUCAAAUCAUUGACAAACACACUUUUGCUGUUGAACAAUGGCAAAGACUCCAAUGAUGUGGUAGUUCCUAUAACUGUUAAAGAUUUUUCUUUUUCAACUAAUUGUCAUAAGAUGGAGGAGGAUUCGGAUGGAGCUUACAAGAAACUCAAAACACUCAACACCAAAAAUCCGAAAGUGUCGAACAAGAGAAAGUCAAGUGCACCAACUUGGGAAAAGACGGCCUCCAAAUUGAUUGAUGAUGGUCAUACAUGGAGAAAGUACGGACAAAAAAUGAUCACAAAUGCCAAAUAUUUCAGGAGCUACUAUAGGUGCACUCACAUGUAUGAUCAACAUUGUGAAGCAAUCAAACAUGUUCAAAGAAUACAAAAGAACCCUUCGUUGUACCGGACUACAUAUUAUGGCCAUCACACUUGCAAAAGCUCUUACCAUUCAGACUUAAAUUUGGAAUCAAUUUUCUCCUAUGAUGUUGACUCUUCAAUAUUACUUAGUUUCGAUAAUAACAACAUUUCAAAUAAACAAGAAUAUCCAUUUCGACCAUCACCACCAUUGCCACUUCUUGCAUCUACAAAAGGAGAUCCCAAGGAAGAGAUACAUCAUGAUCAUUUUCCUCAAAACCAAUUGUUCUCACCGGAGAAUCUCCAAUUAUGCGAUUUUGAUGUUUAUUUUGAUUAUUUGAGACAUGUCAGUGAGUCAUCAUCGAGUGAAUCUUUUUAAUUUGAGAAUUUUAUUUUUCUUCAUAAAACUCGUUAUCCGUCUAAUGAGUGAUUAAUUUGGUAAAUUGCCACCGGGAGGAUUCAAAUCUAAGACAUUAAGAGAAGCACACUACACCAAGAGAAUAGGCAUGUGGAUAUAUAUUGAUAGGCAAGUUUAUUUUCGAUUUGGCAUUGGAGGAUAAUUAAUUCUUAUGUAAAAUAAUCUAGCUAGAGAUUAAUUUGUGGAUAUAUUUAUGCAAAGUAAAUCUAAUUUUGUAUUUGUUUACUAUCAAAAAAUAAUUUAUGUUAAAUUACUUGAUGGCAA